AUGUCGUUGCCCCCAGACGCCGUGAAUAUGCACUAUAAAAAAUUCACAUUGCGACUACCGUCACCUGACGGUGGCACUCAGAUCACUAGCACUCUCAAUAUGAUGGAAGAUAGUGGUGCCUCGAUUGCCACACUUUAUGAAGAUGAUAUCAAGAAUAUGAUGUAUCCCCGGCCUCAUGAUAUCCCCGUGGAGAUGGUAAUUGGAAGAAGUAUCGUGACAACCUCAAAUGGACAAAUAAACCAACCAUUGAUCAAGGUUGAAAUCUGCUUGCCUCAUGAGGGCGAAGUUUUAAUACCUUGGACCCCCAUACAGGCCUUGUUGGUGGAAGGCAGACUCACUUCAAGAAGUGCCGACCGGCUCUUGGGCCCGGUUUUGCGGCGUAUGGCAUACACUGCUACCGCCCCAGAUAAUAGAGAUCGAAUUUACAUUGCCAACAGUCGGAAUGAUUUGUUAGAUUUGCUUCCAGAAGCAGAUAUCUCCAAGGCAUUUGUGCCAGAAAUACCCAUAGAUUACCCUCAGGAGCCAGGUCAUCCAGUUUUUUACUGA